AUGCAGGCAGCUGCCGACGCAGCCGAGUCUGGCAUGGUGAGCGUCGUGGGUCUGGAUGCUGAGAAGACAGAGGCGCUUUGUGCCAAAGCGUCGGAGCUCUCUGGCAAGAGGGUUCAGAUUGCCAACUUUCUGUGCAAGGGCAACUAUACCGUCUCCGGUGACAAGGAAGCAUGCGCCAAGCUUGCCGAGAUUGCCAAGCCAGAUUUCAAGGCUAGAUUGGCAGUUCCAUUGGCGGUUGCCGGUGCUUUCCACACUGAUUUCAUGGCUCCUGCCGUGGAGAAACUGGAAGAGGUCUUGGCGAGUGUGGAUCUGAAGAAGCCACGGAUUCCGGUGGUCUCCAAUGUGGAUGCCAAGCCACACUCUGAUCCAGAGAUGAUCAAGGCCAUACUCGCGAAGCAGGUCACGGCGCCUGUACAGUGGGAAACGCAGAUGAAGGACCUGGCGGGCUCAGGGAGCUUUGAGCGCGGCUUCGAGUGUGGUCCUGGCAAGGUCAUAGCCGGCAUUAUGAAGCGUAUCGACAAGAGCGCAGCGGCCAAUGUGACUGGUGUGCCAGCCUGA